ACCGUUUACUACUCUACAUACUCCUGCCUGGCCUGGAAAACACUAGCCGCCGUAAAGAAUACAGAAAUGCAAAGAACAGAAGCGCCUCCGAACGGCAUACAUGCAAAGAGGAAAGGUUGCUUGGUUUAUCCGAGUGCAGUCCCGCUUGCGAUCACCCCCCUCAUCAACUGAUCGCCAGCAGGCCGUCGUAAAGAAAACCAAAGAGAGAAAUCAAGCAGAAGCGGCAUGGGCGGACUCAUCUCCCACCGGGGCAUCAGUCUGCUCGCCCUGUUCCUGAUCCGUAUCCCCAACCUUUGGCUUUGGCUUUGGCUUCGGCUUCUCAAUCCGUUUCUGUAUCCUCGGCUCCGUGUCGCCCCACUUUGCCGCCUUCAUGACCGCCUCGGCGCCCUUCUCGGCAACGAGCGCCGCGUUGCGCUCGCGGAUACCCUUCCAGUAGGCGAGCAGUCUCUUGUCCAGCGGGAGCUCGCACUCGUCGUCGGUCCAGUUGAUGUAGCAGCGGGGCCAGGUGAUUGUGAUGGCAUCGCGCGCGGCCAUAGCGGCCUCGAUGGACGCCAUCUUGACCUCGGUGUGCUUCGCGUCCCGGGUGAUUGACUCGAACACGAUGCGGACGCCGCGGCGCAGGACGGCGUAGCGGUGGAUCGCGCGGCGCAGCUCGCCGAGACCGACGUUGGACGGGAGACCGCGGAUGCGGAAG